UGCGCAUCACUAAAAUUUGCCGUGCCGAAUUGUUUGUUUACAUUUUGUUGCUAUCAUCUAUUAAGCCAAAUUAAGCGAUUAAACAAUGUCGGACAACGAGUACGAGCGUUUUGAGAUCACCGACUACGAUCUGGACAAUGAGUUCAAUACGAACAGACCACGCGGGCGGCACAGCAAGCAUCAGCAGAUCUAUGGCAUUUGGGCGGACGACAGCGACGAGGAGAGCCCCGGCGAAGGUGGCGGCAAGAAGCGGCAUGGCCGCCAAACCAAGGACUACACAAUGCCCGUGAAUUUUGUGGCCGGCGGCAUACAGCAGGCGGGCAAAAAGAAGAAAAAGUUGAUCAAGGGUGAAGAAAAAGCCGGCAAGGAGGAGGCUGACGACGCCAAAGCAGCCGAGAAGAGCGACGACUCGGGGGAGAGUGGACGCCCGGCCUUUGGGCAGAGUGACCCGAGUUCAAACAGCUCCGAGGAGGAGCAGGAGCAGGAGCGACCCUCAAUGAGGGCGAAACCCACGUUCCAGCAUCACUCGCACAUCGCUGGCACGCGAAAUGUGGGCGCCUGGGAGCAGCAUACGCGCGGCAUUGGCGCCAAAUUGCUGCUGCAGAUGGGCUACGAGCCGGGCAAGGGUCUGGGCAAGGAUCUGCAAGGCAUUUCGCAGCCGGUGCAAGCGCACGUGCGCAAAGGACGCGGCGCCAUUGGCGCGUAUGGCCCCGAGACCGCGGCCAGCAUUGGCGGCAAGGCGCAGGCCAUCAAAGUGGACGAGGAUGUGCGUGAGGCGAAGGAGUUCAAGGAGCAAAUGAACAAGUGGCGCAAGGGAGGCGUGGCAGAGCCGCAGGAGAAGUCCGGCAAGCGCUACUACUACAAAUCCGUGGAGGAGGUAAUAGCCAAGGGCAAGAAAUCGACGCACCUACUCUCUGAAAAGCUUAGCAAGCAGUUGGGCAACGUGCCCGUCAUCGAUAUGACGGGACCGGAAAAACGUGUGCUCAGCGGCUACCAUGCGCUCGGGCAGACCAAAAUCACACCCGAGGAGUCGCUCUACGAUGCGGAGGCAAGCGGUGCAUCCGUCCCCGUGUUCGCCCUGCCCGAGCUGACGCACAACCUGCAGCUGCUGGUGAGCCAGUGCGAGCAGCAGAUCAUUGCCAUUGACAAGUCGGAGCGGGAGUCGGAGAGCCAGCAGACGGCGCUCCAGUGCGAGUACAAAAAGCUUGAGGAGAUUGUCCACCUGGAGCGGAAUCACAUCAGCACUCUCGAGGCGGUGCUCGUGAGGGUGGAGCGGCUGAGCGAGGAUCCUGACAUUACGCUGCAUGCCGCGGAGCAGCUGUUUCUGCAGCUGCUGGAGGACUAUGCCGCAGAGUUCAAGGAAUUCGGACUGGCUGAUCUCGCCGCUGGCGUCAUUGCGCCGCUGGUGAAGCGAGAGUUGGUCUCGUGGCAGCCCCUCGAGGCGCCCACACAGCCGCUGCAGCUGAUCAAAAAAUGGCGUGGAAUGCUGCAGCGCGAGGAGCCCGCAGAGCAGCAGCCACGCAAUGUUUUCGAUCCAUAUUCGUCGCUGAUUUGGGCGGGCGUGAUGCCCUCGUUCCGCGCCUGUGCCGCGCUCUGGCAGCCCAAGGAGCAUCCGCCAAUGGCUGCCCUACUGGAUGCCUGGGCGCCGCUGCUGCCCACGUGGGUGCUGGACUCUGUGCUGGAGCAGCUGGUGCUGCCGCGCCUCGUCACGGGCGUCUACGAUUGGGAUCCGCUCACGGACACUGUGCCCAUCCACAGCUGGGUGCUGCCUUGGCACGCAAUUCUCGGCAGCAAGCUGGAGGAGUCGGUUUACCCGCAGAUACGCAGCAAACUGGGCGUGGCGCUGCAGGCAUGGUCUCCACAAGAUCGAUCCGCGCGUGCCAUGCUGACACCUUGGGCCAAGGCCUUUCCGGAGGAGGAAAUGGUUGACUUUCUGCAGCAUCACAUCACGCCCAAGCUGCAGGGUGUGCUCUCCGAGUUCAUCAUCAAUCCGCUGCACCAGGACCUGGAGCAAUGGAACCAGGUGUGGGAGUGGCACGAGCUCAUACCGCCCAUGCACAUGGCCAAGCUGCUGGACAAGCAUUUCUUCCCACGCUGGAUGCAGGUGCUCGUCAUGUGGCUUAACCAGUCGCCCGACUAUGCGGAGAUCUCGCGCUGGUACACCGGCUGGAAGAGCAUGCUGAAUGAGUCGCUGCUCAGGGAGCCCAGCGUCAAAGAGCAUCUACGUCGUGCGCUCGAAAUGAUGCAUCGAGCCAGCGAUGCGCUGCUGCAGCCCACGGCAGCACCGCCACCACCCACGCCGCCAGCACCGCCCACUGUGGCGGGUCUGCUGCCGCCACUCAUGAUGAUGGAUGUGGCACCGCCCACCCAGCUGGAGUUCAAGGAGUUGGUCUCGCAGAAAUGUGCAGAGUUGGGCAUCAUCUUUGCUCCGCUACCAGGGAGGAGAGAAAUGGGCAAGCAGAUUUAUCGCGUGGGCAAGCUCUUUUGCUACAUCGAUCGCAAUGUCUGCAUGCUGAGCGAUAGUUCCUUCAGCAACUGGCAGCCAGUAGCGCUCAAUCAUCUGCUGGAACGCACACAGACGGGUUUGUUCUAGCCAAGAGCGGUGGGAUGUAGUGGCGGUAAUACCAGAGAUCGUUGGAUGUUGGAGGCUGGCAGCUGCUGCAAUGGUUGGAGCUCGGAACGCGGAACAAAUAAUGGCAAAUAAAAGCGUGAGGAAAGCUAAAGGAAAGUGGCAACCACAACGCAAAAUUGGAAGAGCAGAAAACUUGCCAAUAAAACCCACUUCAGAUGCACAGAAAACCUUUUAGAAUCUGCAGCAAGUUCGGAGCUGCUCAGAUUAUAUGCUAGUUGUCUUUAUUACUAGAUAAAAAACAGAUUUUGGACCCUUAGAAGACGCUCCUUAAAGCAGAAAUUACAAAGUGACAAAGAAAUUACAAAUUAGCUUUAGAAAUUAAAUAUUUGAAACCUC